CCACCCCAAAUCUAUGAUAGAAUCACAUCAUUUGUCUAUUACUUAUCACUGCAGAUAAGCUGCUGUUGGCCUAAUUCCAAGCCUCAAAGCUUGAUGUUCCUCCCGGCGACGAAAAAUGCCACUACCUCACAAAUGUUUAAAUACCCUGCAAUCAGAAGGGUGUGUCGUGCAUCGUGCACCUGUCUUCAUAGAACACUCAACAUGCCUCUCGACAUCAUCCCCAACAUGGUGGAUCCUGAGACCGUGUUCCGAAUGGAACAAAGUGGUCAACCACUUGUUGUGUAUGAUUGUGAAUUACAGGGGGCGCCCUGCGGAAUGUUUGUGGAGGGAACCACCAGUGCAGUGUCUGCCCACCUACGUAGACACGGUAUUACUGGUCCGGACAGCGCCACCACAACAUGUACCUGGGAUGGCUGCUACACGACACUCAAGAAAGGGAGUAUGGCAAGGCAUAUUCUUACUCACCUUGGUGUCAAAGCACGCUGCUCUGUGUGCGGAAUCGUAAGGUGUCGCUCUGACGUCCUCCUUGAGCAUGUCGAAUCCUCUGGACUAUGCCAUCUCGGAAUCGCCGAAAACGUCUCCGGACCCAAAGGACAUAUUAUUUACCCUACGAGUUGGGCUGCUGGCAAUGAGCAUCAGGUCUAAUCCUUUUGAUGUCCGGGAGUCUAGCGAUAUUCGCUAGGAAGCUUGUUCGAAGAAAUAGACUUGCAAGAUGUGGGGGUUCUGUACGCUACACGGUGAUAUUCCUGGACGGUAGAUGAUUUGUUAUUUGUAGUCAAUAUUUCAUAGUAUAGUUAUGUAUUGGACUCCAUGGAGUAUUCUCAAUAGGACAUAAAUUGGACACAAAUAUAAAAAUUACUUUGACCUUCCCCACUUUUCGCAGGUAAUGCAUGUCCUGCCGGUGCGUGUCAAUACGUCACCGCUAAUUUUGUGCAGAGACCGAAUUGACGGU